AGUAUUAUUUGCACGUUCAAACGGUACACGUUACACCCGCUCAUGGAGUAAAGGAACGUGUUCGAAUUUUAAAUUUAAAUAAGUUACAAGUAAUACUGCAAAAUGUUGACGGGGUGGCGAUUGGCGUUGUCAAAAUUGUUCAUAAUACCGCAGAGGUAUGUCUUGGCGAUUAUGGCCUUAUUGGCCGUGGCCAAUGCGUAUACUAUGCGGGUAUGCUUGAACCUGGCCAUUACUCAGAUGGUGAAGAAAGCACAGUCUGUCUCCACAGAAGAUAAUUAUGAUCCUCUAGUAUGUAAAGACCGAUCAGGAAUUGAGUCAAACUCUACAGAUGUUAGGAGUUUUUAUACUACGAGAGCUGAAGAUGAUGUCAUGCUUUUUGAAUGGAGCGAGGCAACCCAAGGCCUGCUACUGGGGUCUUUCUACUACGGCUACGUACUAACUCACAUUCCCGGAGGAAUGUUGGCCGAAAGGUUUGGCGGCAAAUGGGUGCUUGGAGGCGGUCUUCUAUCCACUGCCAUUUGUACCUUCAUCACGCCAAUCACUGUCAAAAUGGGAGGAGCUACUGCACUGUUUAUUUUGAGAGUUAUUGAAGGAUUUGGAGAGGGUCCCACAAUGCCAGCCCUCAUGGCCAUGUUAUCCAAAUGGGCCCCCAAAGCAGAGAGAGCAAGGUUCGGUGCCAUCGUGUUCGGAGGAGCACAGAUAGGCAACAUCGCUGGUUCAUACUUUUCUGGACUGAUCAUGCAUAACGGCAGCUGGGAGAAUGUCUUCUAUAUGUUCGGAGGACUUGGAUUAUUGUGGUUUUUGUUAUGGUCGGUACUCUGCUACAGCACGCCUAACACCCACCCGUUCAUAUCAGACUCGGAGAAGAAGUUCCUCAAUCAGAAUGUCGACGCCCUCAUCCACACAUAUUCAAAAAAGUUGGAUCCCAUCCCGUGGAAGGCUCUGCUCAGAUCUGGUCCUUUGUGGGCAUUGAUUAUUGCUGGUAUUGGACACGAUUGGGGCUAUUUCACAAUGAUCACGGAUUUACCCAAGUACAUGACUGACGUUUUGAAGUUCAACAUUAAGGCUACUGGGAUAUUGUCAGCCUUGCCUUACGUGGCUAUGUGGAUUGCGUCCUUCUUCUUUGGUCUGCUCUGCGAUUUCUGCGUGAAGAGGGGAUAUCACUCUAUAACGAGUGCUAGGAAAAUUUAUACUACUAUUGCGGCAACUGGUCCCGGUGUCUGCAUAAUCAUGGCGUCAUACUCCGGUUGUGACGUCACACUCGCCGUGUUCUGGUUCAUCUUCGCUAUGACGCUCAUGGGAGCGUACUACAGCGGUAUGAAGAUCAACCCAUUGGACAUCACUCCUAAUUACGCGGGAACUACUACAGCCAUGGUCAAUGGAAUCGCUGCUGUGUCGGGAAUCAUUUCACCGUACCUUAUAGGGUUGUUGACGCCUGAUUCCACAUUAAAACAAUGGCGAGUAGCGUUCUGGGUGUGCCUAGGAGUUCUAGUCUUCACAAACGUAAUAUACGUCCUCUUCGCAAAAGGAGAACAGCUUUGGUGGGACGAUGUCAAAGCCCACGGCUACCCUCCAAACUGGAAACACGGCGACCUCCCCACAAGACCCGUAGACUCAGAAGAAGAGAAAAAAGAAAAGAAUGAAAAAGAGAAAAUAUAAACCGACUGUUAAUUUAAAACGUUCUGUAAAUAUUAAAUAGUAUUAUAAUUGUAAUUAGGCUAAUUUUGUUAUUUAUGAAUAAGAGAUUAUUUAAUUUAUA